AUGUCAUCUUUCGCUCGUCCUGUCCCAAGCACGCUUGCGGCAGUCGACUUUUCAAUCUAUUCAUCAGAUGAUAUCAAGAAGAUAUCAGUCAAGCGCAUUUUCAACACCCCCUCGUUGGACUCUCUGAAUAAUCCUGUGCCAUCUUCAUUAUACGAUCCAGCUCUAGGAGCAUGGGGUGACCAUAUUUGCACAACUUGCCGCGCAAGCUCAUGGUCAUGUCCAGGACAUCCAGGUCACAUAGAAUUGCCAGUAAAUGUUUACAAUGUCACGUUUUUUGAUCAAAUGUUUCGCUUGCUACGAGCAAAAUGUGAUUUCUGCCAUCGACUGCGUCUGCCUCGAACAGAGACCAACCUCUAUGCCUGUAAACUCCGACUUUUACAGCAUGGCUUAGUUGAACAGGUCGCAGAAGUUGAUUCAAUCGGAGAAGAAGGAGACGAAGCCAUCGAUGCCGACGAGGAUGGACAUAUCGACCCCCAGACAAAGAUGGAAAGGAGGAACAAAUUCGUCAAAAAAUGCAUUCGCGAAGUCCAGAAACAGAACGAACAAGAAGGCUUCUAUCCCGAGGAAAAGAAUGCUGUUGCCACAGACCGGCGGCGUGAGUUGAUCAAGGAGUUUAUGAAAGACAUCGCAGCUGCGAAGAAGUGUGCGACCUGCCAUUACAUUUCUCCUGGUUACCGUAAAGAUCGCUACUCGAAAAUUUUCCGAAAAGCUCUGCCUGAGAAAGCAAAGAUGGCCAUGAAAAUGGCCGGCAUGACCGCCCCCAACCCUCUCAUCGUGUUGCAAGAAGAAAACAAAAUUUUCUCUAAGUCCAAAGAAACAGAGAAGCCAACCGCCAACGCCAUAGGCAAAGUAACGGAACUUCAUGGAGCCGAGGAAGAAGUAGUGCGUGCCCAUGCUGCUGCUGAACUAGCUCAAGGUGCCAAAUCUUCCAGCCAAGGCGACCCCGAAGCUUCCCAGCAGUUUGUUCCGUCUCCGGAAGUCUAUGCAGCCAUCUGCCUUCUGUUUGAACGAGAGCGUGAUAUUUUGAACCUCGUCUAUAGCUCCCGCGCGGGAAUCAAGAUUUCACCGGACAUGUUGUUUAUCAAGAGCCUUCUUGUUCCGCCAAACAGAUUCCGACCGCCUGCAAUGCAAGGCGGAGAAAUCAUGGAGGCCCAGCAAAAUACACCAUUGACACAGAUCUUGAAGACCUGUGAUCUGAUUAACUACAUUAGUCACCAGAGGCAAACGGCCGAGUCCGUCGGCGCUGCGUCUCGGGAAUAUCGUGACCUGCUCCAGGCAAUUGUCACCCUUCAAGAACAAGUCAAUGGGCUCAUUGAUAGUGAUCGUGGUCCCCAAAGUUUUGCUGCAGUUCGUUCAGCAAACGGUGUCAAGCAGCUUCUUGAAAAGAAAGAAGGUCUUUUCAGGAAGAACAUGAUGGGAAAGCGUGUUAACUACGCCGCGCGCAGUGUCAUCUCUCCUGAUCCUAGUCUUGAGACUCACGAAGUUGGCGUUCCUAUGGUAUUUGCAAAGAAAUUGACAUUUCCCGAGCCAGUCACGUCUUUCAACUUCCAUGAACUGAGGGAAGCUGUGAUGAAUGGUCCAGACAAAUACCCAGGAGCUUCAGCAAUCGAAAAUGAAUGGGGCCAAGUUGUGAACUUGAAAUUCAAGACCUUGGACGAGCGUACUGCUCUUGCUAACCAGCUACUGGCACCAUCCAAUGUCAAAAUGAAAGGCAAUCGCAACAAGAAGGUUUACCGUCAUCUUACCACUGGUGACUAUGUCGUUAUGAACCGUCAGCCAACACUUCACAAACCAUCCAUGAUGGGACACCGCGCACGUGUACUGCCGAAUGAACGAGUCCUACGGCUGCCUUAUCCAAACACUAGUUCGUACAAUGCAGACUACGACGGUGAUGAGAUGAAUAUGCAUUUCCCACAAAACACACUAGCACGAGCGGAGCUCUCCAUGAUUGCAGAUGCCGAUCACCAGUACAUAUCCUCUACCGACGGGAAGCCUCUCAGAGGUCUUAUUCAAGAUCACAUCACGGUGUCUACCUUUUUGACAUGCCGAGAUACAUUCUUCGACAAAGAAGAAUAUCAGCAACUUCUCUAUAGCUGUCUGCGACCCGAAAAUGCCAACACUGUCACCGACCGAAUACAGCUUGUUGAGCCAGCUAUGCUACGCCCCCGACGUCUUUGGACCGGAAAACAAGUCAUUUCUACUGUUCUGAAAAAUAUUACCCCGUCAAAUAGACGGGGUCUCAACCUUCACGGAAAGUCAUCUACUCCGGGCGAUAGAUGGGGAGAGGACAGUGAAGAAGGCAAGGUCAUUUUCAAAGAUGGAGAGCUACUUUGCGGUAUCUUGGAUAAAAAGCAAAUUGGUGCAUCUGGUGGUGGUUUUAUUGAUGCCAUCCAUGAGAUCUACGGCAACACUAUUGCAGGUAGCUUGCUGAGUAUUCUUGGUCGACUCCUUACUAGGUUCCUCAACAUGCGAGCCUUUAGUUGUGGUAUCGAGGAUCUUCGAUUGACACCCGACGGUGAUCGUAAACGUCGGGACAUCCUUGAGAAGGCUACCGCGCUCGGACGCGACGUUGCCUUGAAAUAUGUUACGCUCGAUCAAAAUCCUGCGCCCAAUCAGAAUGCGGAACUUCAACGUCGCUUGGAGGAUGUUUUGCGCGACGACGAGAAACAGUCUGGCCUGGACAGUGUCUUCAACUCUCGCACCAAGACGCUUACAUCCGAGAUCACAUCCGAGUGUCUUCCGCAUGGCCUUGUAAAACAAUUUCCCUCGAAUCAAAUGCAGCUGAUGACAACAACCGGUGCGAAAGGAUCAGGUGUCAAUGCCAAUUUGAUUUCAUGCAAUCUUGGCCAGCAGGUUCUUGAAGGUCGCCGUGUACCACUUAUGGUCAGCGGAAAGACUUUGCCGUCAUACAAAGCAUUCGAGACCCAUCCACAGGCUGGAGGCUAUGUCUGCGGACGCUUCCUGACGGGUAUAAAACCUCAAGAAUACUACUUCCAUACCAUGGCAGGACGUGAGGGUUUGAUUGAUACCGCCGUCAAAACAGCUAAAUCCGGAUACUUGCAACGAUGUCUUGUCAAGGGUAUGGAGGCGGUUAAGGUUGAAUAUGAUUCAUCUGUCCGAGAUACAGCCAAUGGAGGGUCAAUGAUUCAGUUCAUCUAUGGAGAAGACGGCCUCGAUGUUGGAAAGCAAGUUCAUUUACAGAGUUUCAGCUUCUUGGCUCAAAAUUACGUAUCUGCAAUGGCCCAGUUGAACAUGACGCAAGACUUCCACAUGCUCGAAAAACCAGAGGUUUCCCAAUGGCAUAAAGACGCUAUGAAGCAAGUCAAAAAGGCGAGUAAAGUCGCAGUCAAAGACCCUGUCUUAUCUGUAUACCACCCUGGUGGACAUUAUGGCAGUGUCUCUGAGGCCUUUUCAAAGGCGUUGAAGGAGUAUGAAGACGAAAACCCGGACCAGGUCCUCAAGGACAAGAAAAAGAAUGUUUCCGGUGUUUUGAGCAAGAAAUCUUUCGAAAGUGUCAUGCUCAUGAAAUACUUGAAUAGCGUCAUUGAUCCCGGAGAUGCUGUCGGUAUCGUUGCUAGUCAGUCUAUUGGCUCGCAGACAACACAGAUGACAUUGAACACGUUCCACUUGGCAGGUCACAGUGCUCGUAACGUCACCCUUGGUGUCCCUCGACUUCGCGAAAUUGUUAUGACUGCUAGCCAAAAGCCUACAACGCCAACUAUGUCAGUUGAGGUCAUUCAGGAGCUGAGCGAGGAAGCUGGAAAGUCCUUUGCGAAGGGUAUCAGUAGACUGAGCAUCGCCGAGGUCAUUGAUAAGCUUCAAGUCAGGGAAAGUACAACUGCCGGCAAAGACUCGACGAAGGCCAAAAUUUAUGACAUUAAACUUGCAUUUUUCGAGGCAAAGGAAUAUGCUGAAGAAUAUGCUAUCACCAAAAAAGACCUUCUUCGUGCACUCCAAGACGAGUUUUUACCGAAGUUCAUAAAGCUAAUUAAGACCGAGUUGAAGAGGCGUCAAGACGAGAAGGACCUCAAGGUUUAUUCUGCCGCCCAACCUGACAUUGGAGUUUCGAUUGGCAACAGCGAUUCUUUCGAUGGCACUGCUCGCCCGGCUGAGACGGCAGGAGGCGGGGAUGAUGCAGAUGAUGAGGAUAAUGAGGAUGACGAAGAUGACGCUAAACGUGGCCAGAGUGGCAGCAACCGUAACAACCAAGUCAGCUACGAAGGACCUGAUGAUGAGGAGGAAGAGAUCAGAAGAGCUCAGAUCGACUCUGACUCGGAAUCCGAUGGUGACGAGGGCGUUGGUAACGCGGGUAGCCGCAAGAAAGCUCGCCGCGACGACAUGGAUACUGCUGAUGAUGAGGAUGAGCUGCCUGAAGACAUGAAAGCCGACAUCAGAGACGCAAAAAUGCGCGAGGAGGAAGUUUUAGAUAAGUACGACGAAAUCAGUUCAUUCAAAUUCGACCCGAAGAAGGGCAACUCGUGCUCUAUUCGCUUAGAAUAUUCUAUCGAUACACCGAAGCUUUUGGUUCUUCCGCUUGUUGAGGAUGCAGCUCGUCGUGCAGUGAUCCAGGCAGUCCGUGGUCUUGGCGCAUGUCUAUACACCAAAGCUGAUUCAGCAAAGGGGGAACCUGCACACAUCGAUAUCGAAGGUGUGAACUUGCUCGCCAUGCGUGAUUACCAGGGUUACAUCAACCCACACACCAUCCGAACCAACUCGGUCUACGAUAUGCUCCUGUUCUACGGAGUCGAGGCGGCUCGCUCCUCAAUCAUCCGUGAAAUGUCCGACGUUUUCACUGGUCACAGCAUCACUGUCGACAACCGCCACCUGAACCUGAUUGGUGAUGUCAUGACGCACAGUGGUGGUUUCAAGGCUUUUAGCCGUAAUGGGCUCAUUAAAGAAAGUAACUCUCCGUUCUCAAAGAGUUCAUUUGAGACUAGUUUGGGAUUUAUGAGAGAAGCUGUUCUUGAGCGUGACUUUGACGAUUUCAAGAGCCCCAGUAGCCGGAUCGUGGCUGGUCGUCUCAACGUUGUUGGCACAGGUGCAUUUGAUGUCCUGGCUCCUGUGGCAUAA